AUGCUCACCCACGACGCCCUCGACCAGAUCAAAAACGCGAUGGUCAUAUCUAACACCCGGCACUGGCUUGUCGUACCGGUCAACACAGGCUUUCAGCUCGGCAUCGAGUGCGGCAUCGGCGCUUUCGAAGUCAUCUGUGUGGAUAUACUAGCCAUGGUAGCGGCUCAGGCACAGUACAUCGAAUGA